AUGUGCGGAGACUACCGAGAUCUUAACAGGGCCAACCUUAAGGACGAUUUUCCACUACCGCAUAUUGAUGUACUGGUUGACAACACAACCAAUCAUGCCCUAUUAUCAUUCAUGGACUGGUAUGCAGACCCUCUCAGAUUCUUCUUCAAAAAACCGGCCCUUAAUAGAAGACUAUCCAGAUGGUUGGUUAUACUAGCUGAAUUUGACCUCAAAUAUCUUCCUCGAAAAUCUAUCAAGGGUUCUGCAGUCUCCGACGUUUUGGCUGAUUGUCCAAUUGAAGCCGAGGAAGAAGAUUGUGACUUACCAGAUAAGCAAAUACGAAUAACAAGUGACGAUAGAUGGUCACUGCACUCUGACGCUGAAUAUGAAGCUUGCAUGAUGGGCUUGGAAGCCGCCAUAGCUCUUGGUGUCCAGAAGCUUCGAGUGUGUGGAGAUUCCUCUUUAAUCAUCAAUCAAAUUUCCGAAAAAUGGAAAGUCAGAAGUGAAAGCCUGGCCUUGUAUCAAUCAUAUCUUGAAAAUCUCGUAGAGCAAGCCGAAGAGCUUUGA